AUGAAUUGUCGUGCGCAUGCGAGUAAAAACCAAACCAAAAGAGAAAACUCACCUUCCCGUACAACCAAUAUACUUGCGAUGGCAUCGGGCACGCUGGAACCAGCCGCGAUGAAUGUCAGUCCCAUGAUCGUAUCAGGAAUGUGGAAGGUUACGCCUUUGGGAAGGAACAUGCCCACCGUCCACCAAAAGUUAGAAAUUGUAGGUAUGAACGAGGAACCAGGAACAGCAAAGUUGGAAUCCUUGACAAGAUGUAGAGAAGAAUGCCUGUUGUUCAGUCUAGCUAUCGAAUAUUCCGCCAUAAAUGGAUACCAUGGAUUGAAACAUUCAGAUACGUCGUUUCCCGGAGUUGGAUCAAUGAUAAAAGAUAAACAAUAG